GGUCGAACGAUCGAAAGACCCCGCUCCACGGCUCAGUUGUAGCGCCGACACCCGGCAUACACGAAGUCGCGUCGUAGUUUUAAAGGCACACUCUGUACAAACGUAGACACGCACGCCUCUUUCUUCCGUAUACCUCCGCCUCGCUACGUAGUGAGCAACAGAUAUUAACGUGCACGAAUUGUAGAAGCGAAACCAGAACCUGUAGAAAAGCGAAAAAAAACAUGCAACGUCCGGCCGCCGAUCACUGGAGAAAAAUCCUCCUUGUGUAUAUUUUGCAAUUAUUUCCAUACACGACGCUGGCAGAGCAUAUGAAGGUCCAGUUGAUUGCGCCGCAGUACAUAUCGCAUGGCGGUACAGCUAUCUUGUUCUGCAACCAUACUGUCCCGGACGACUUGCUGCACAAAAUAGAAUUUAUGAAGGGUGAGAAGAGAAUAUUUCAGUAUAUAAAGGAAAGAAAUCCGCCGUAUAUCGAAACACAUUUAGAAGGCGCCAAACUGGAGUAUUCGAAAAAUGGCACGACAAUCAAACUGCACGAUGUACGUUUCGAAGCUUCCGGUUCUUAUACCUGCGAGGUCGCUAUGACAACGCCCAUUUACAGUGCGGGUUCUGAUCCCGUAGAAAUGAAAGUGAUAUACCCACAGAGUGCGAAUCCUAAGAUUUCAUUUGAAAAGAGCUUGUACGUGAUUGGCGAGAGCCUGGAGGCAAAUUGUACCUCCUCGGCUGCAAACCCAGUUCCUUACAUAACAUGGUUUAUAAAUGGCAAAGAGGUGGAUAUUAAUUUAGUUAAUAACUAUCCGCAUACGCCUCAUCAUAAGAAUAACCACUUGAUGUCCGCCACCGCCAGAUUAAAGAUAGAAGUUUCCGAAUUGCAUGCCGGGGAAAAUGGAGUUUUGGAGAUCAGCUGUCGGACAACGAUACCCGCUUUUCCCACGCAGAACGAGGGAUUUGCCGAUAUUAAGAAAAAGGUGGUGUCGGUGUAUUUUAGUAAAGAGGCAGCUUGAAGAACACUGCGGCAGCGGCUUGGCAUCUAGAAAACUUGAAGAAUCUAGAAAUAAUUAGAGGCACUCGAAUCAGAGUCUGGUCAAUGCGACUAAUAUUUAUCCGAGUCACUUAUAUAAGACCUAAUAAUUCAAUGUUAAAGCGUACGCUCAGUUUCUUUCUUCUUUUUAGAUUUAUUGAUAUAGACAAUCCCCAGUCGCUGUUAUUUCUUUCUUGUAAUUAAAGAGACAAUGCGUUAAUGAAUUUUAUUCGAACCAAUUGAAACGGACGAAUUAGCCAAACUCUGACUCGAUCAUCUGAAAAGUAGGAAUAUAGCGAUUACAUAUGGUCGUCGUGCUUGCGGCCAACUUUUUGAAACACUAUUGCGUGGGCGCGUUGUCGAUACGAUUUUUCAAACUUGAUGCGAUAUCAUCUUUUAUAUCACUGAACGGUUUUUUAUGACUAAAUAUGAGAUUAUCUUUUAUCUGUGUAUCUACAGCUCCUCUCGCAGAUCCUCUUACAAAUCUUAAUCCUCUCUCUUUGCUAUUGGUACCUGUAAUAAAUUAUCAGCAACUAUGAAUAGCCGCGUAUUGGCUGUAGUUUAAUAGCAUGUUUGAUGACUAUUUAAGCUGGUAAUACUUUGAACCGCUAAGAGUUACAUAAGGGAUUAUAUCAGUGAAUCAUAUUAAAGUGAACGCAAAGAACGUUUUCCGAGGUUUUAGUAUAUACUAAUCUAAUCUUGAUCGCGUUAGGAUAAUCGGAAAAAAUGAAUCAUUGUCUUUGUUAGAGACUAAUCUUUAAAAAACGUAGCUCCAGAUUAAUUCUUACGAAUAUAAAUCUGUAGCUAAAUUAGAAAUAGAUGCUCACGCGAGAUUAGACACUUUUUGGAUUACAAUUAAAGAAAAAUAAAAAAAUAACACAUUUCUAAAAAAAUAAAUUAAUCAUUAUUAUAGUUAGGGAAGAGGAAACGUUUUAGGGAACAACAAAAAAUAUGUAGUGCUUUAUAGACUAAAAAAUAUAUUUAUGAUUAAUAAAUUUUUACGCAUAUUUCAGAUUGCAACUAUUUGCUAAAAUUGAGAUAACUAAUUCAAUUGCGUGCAAAUUCUUACAUGCUUUCAAACUUGUAGUAAAAGAAGUAUACUACUUUUUAAUUUUUAUUAUAUUUAUAACGUAUAAGAGCAAGCAUCAAUCGUGUCUAACUAAGCAAAGUUUGAAAGCUUAGUAACGAUAUUUUAAUUCAAAAGUGCCUUUUUAUAUUGUCUGCAAAUUAGAAAAUAUCUCAAGCAGAUUUCACUCUGCUAGAUGAUAUUCUUUGCUUGGGAAGCAAAUAUUGAGAAUUGACAUCGUCUUUUCAACGAUCUCAUUCUCUCGAAUAAAGCUACUCCUAUUCGUCUUUAGCGUUCACUUUAAUAUAUUGAAAGCUGAAGAUUUAUUAUAACGCAAAUUUAAUGCAAAUUUGUUGUUCCUGACUAUACUCUCUCUAUACAUAAAAUUAUUUUAAAAUUUUGAUACAAUUUUACUUGUUUAUAUGGAAAAAAAUUCAAUUUUUAGAGCACUUUAGUACAUCAAUAUAAUACUAUGGUAGAAGUAAAUUAUUUUUUUAUCUUUCCUAAAAAAAAGUAAUAAUUUUCUCACUA